AUGGGUAGAAUUCGAUUUUAUCGACUGGAAUUGAACCAAGAAUAUGGAUAUGUUUUUUUGUCCCAAUCGGGUGGAAAACAAGAAAAUCGGGAUACCCGGCCCGGAAUGGUUUAUAAGCAAUCACUAAGCCGAGUGAUAAUAAAGCCAUUUUACCUGAAUAAAUGA